AUGAUAGCUUGGGUUCCAAAAAAGCCUCCCGUACCAAGAAAACCAAAAACUACAGCUCCAAAUACCAAAAAAUUGCAAGUUUUGCACAAGCAAGCAGCGUCCAGCGUAGCUGAACAGGAUUUCAAACGAAGAAAAUCUGACAAACAAGUGUUGAAUGAAUCGGAUUUUGAUCAGGAAAGUGUUGCAGAAUCCACGACAAGAAAAACAAAUCUUAGCUCGCACACUGGCAUGCGCCGUCACGCUCCUGCAGUAAUUGAUAUUGAGGGACUUGAUUCCAGCCACAAUAGGCCAGAGCACUGGAAAGGACACCGCCUGCCUCCAAAAUUGAGGGCAAAACACGAUGCAAGGGCAGACAACACAAUCUCAACACCCGCGGCAGCAUUGCUUGACGGCACCGUCAAACCCAGCCUGCCUCGCACAUCGCGAAAACCGCCAUAA